AUGGACUCUCUUUCACUCUUCAACGCCACCGCCUCACUCCCCUUCUUCUCUUCCUCUCUCGACCACCCCAAACCCUACCUCUCCUCCUCCUCUUCCAGACCCAUGCCGAAGCUCGACGCCAUCCACUGCUCUGCCGCCGCCAAGCCCAAGGAGGCCAAGCUCUGGGGCGGCCGCUUCGAGGAAGGCGUCACCGACGCCGUCGAGCGCUUCACCGAGUCCAUCUCCUUCGACAAAGCCCUCUACAAGCAUGACAUCCUCGGCUCCAAGGCCCACGCCUCCAUGCUCGCCAAACAGGGAUUGAUGACUGAGGAGGAUAGGGACAGCAUCCACGAGGGGCUUAGUGAGAUUCAGCGGCGAAUUGAGAAGGGCGAGUUUGAGUGGAGGACUGAUAGGGAGGAUGUGCAUAUGAACAUUGAGGCGGCGCUGACCGAUAUGAUCGGCGAGGCGGCCAAGAAGCUGCACACGGCGAGGAGCCGGAACGAUCAGGUCUUGACUGAUUUCCGGCUGUGGUGUAGGGAUGCAAUUGAGGCGAUUUUGGUGCAGAUUAAGCAUUUGCAGGUUUCGUUGGUCCGGUUGGCGGUGGGGAAUGAGGGGCUGAUUUUUCCGGGGUACACGCAUUUGCAGAGGGCUCAGCCUGUUUUGCUUCAGCAUUUGCUCUUGGCGUUUGUCGAGCAGCUUGAACGUGAUGCUGGUCGAUUACUUGAUUGCAAGGAGAGGUUAAAUUUUUGCCCUUUAGGUGCCUGUGCAUUGGCUGGCACUGGACUUCCAAUUGAUCGGUUUAUGACAUCUGAUGCUCUAGGCUUCACUGCUCAUAUGAGGAACAGUAUCGAUGCAGUUUCAGACCGAGAUUUUGUCUUGGAAUUUCUUUCUGCAAAUUCAAUCACAGCCAUUCAUCUCUCCCGUCUUGGUGAAGAAUGGGUAUUGUGGGCUUCAGAAGAGUUUGGAUUUAUAACACCGAGUGAUGCAGUUUCAACUGGAAGUAGCAUCAUGCCUCAGAAGAAAAACCCAGAUCCAAUGGAACUUGUUCGGGGAAAGUCUGCUAGGGUAGUAGGAGACCUGGUUACACUUCUUAUGUUGUGCAAAGGACUCCCUCUAGCUUAUAAUCGUGAUUUGCAGGAAGACAAAGAGCCUGUUUUUGAUAGUGUGAAGACAAUUUUGGGGAUGCUUGAAGUGUCUGCAGAGUUUGCACAGAACAUUUCCUUUAAUAAGGAGAGAAUACAAAAGGCUUUACCUGCUGGUCAUCUCGAUGCCACCACACUUGCUGAUUAUCUUGUGAAGAAGGGAGUACCUUUCAGAACUUCUCAUGACAUAGUUGGAAGGGCAGUAGCUGUUUGCGUCUCGAAAAGUUGCCAGCUUCAGGAGUUGAGUCUCGAUGAGCUGAGAAGUAUGAAUCCAGUGUUUGAAAAGGAUGUAUACGAGUUUCUUGGAGUAGAGAAUGCAGUUAAAAAAUUCAGCUCCUAUGGUUCCACAGGGUCAGAAUGUGUUGCCACCCAACUUAACCAUUGGGUUGGUAAACUUGAAAUCACCAAUGGGACAAACUUAUUAAGCUAGAUAUAUAUGCAGAGCUAACAGUAUUAGCCGCUAUCUGGUAAGAAGCUUCUUCGAUGAUCUAUUAG